AUGAGAAAACGGAAAUUUGGAAAGGGUCCUAUCCCCAUCAUAAACGAAAUAAAUGAUAAUGUAGACGAAGAUGAAAAAAAGUAUAUUUAUCCCAGUAUUGCUAAGUCUCCAAUAAUACAUCACAAUGAAUAUAUAAUUUAUGGAUAUGGCAGCAGCUUGAUACUUUAUUCUAUGAAGGAAAAGAAGUGUGUAAAAAAAAUCGAUGAACAUGAAAAUGCAUUAAGAUCAUUAGAUGUAAAUAUAAAUAAAAAAUAUUUCUUAACAAGUGGCGACGAUAAAAUAAUAGUAAUUUAUGAUGAACAUUGGUCAGUAUGUUACAAAAUUAUACAUAAAAAAAAAAUUGUAAAAGCUUAUUUUCUAAAAUGUUUAAAGGAAGAAGACAACACGUUUGAAAUAUUAUUCAUUGAUAAAUAUGGUGAUGUAUAUUUGUUUGAUCUCAAUAUGGUAAGAAGUGGAGGGGCAUGUUUGAAUAAAGAACAUGGGGAUCCUGUAAAACGAGAGAAUAAUUCUACAACCGCGGAUACAAUUCACACUAUAAAAUUAAAAUACCUAAUCGAUUCUCUGAAUGAAAUUCAGGAAAAGGACGAAGAUUUGUUUUUCAUGAAUAAUUUUGAGAAAAUGUUGCACGAUGGACAGGCAGGAACUGAAAUUGAAGGUGACACUGUGGAAAACUUAGAUAGCACUAAUGCUGAAAUCUGCCAAGUGAAAAGUGUAGAAAAUGAGGAAGGGCUUAGAGAAGAACCUAUUCUUCAAGAGUCACUAAUGCAGAAACAGAGUAAACUGGAACUAAUGAAGAAGAAGCUAGAAAGGCACUACUUUGAAAACUUUCAAAAUGAAAAAUUGAUGCACCCGAUCCUUACGUGCAAUUCUGCCGUAAUAUCAUUAUAUUACGACAAUAAAUUUUUAAUAAUAGGUGAUAGAGAUGAAAAAAUCAGAAUAAUAAAAAAUAAAAAAAUGAACCAAAUAUAUAACUUUUAUUUAAAACAUAAACUAUUUAUUACAUCUCUUGUUUUAAUCAACCCCACAAUAUUUUGUUCUGCUUCCGCGGAUUGUUAUCUCUAUAUGUGGGAUAUUAAGACUAAAGAAGUUAUUGAUUCCUUGUAUUUAGAUUUCUCUUUUUUAUCAAAGUUAGCAAAAGGGAACGUUUCAUUUAAGAGUUCAUGUCACUUGAACAAGUAUAAAUUUAUUAUCAAUACAUUAAAUUUUAAUGAAAACAAUUCAACUAUAUAUGCAACUGCUGAAAAUUUAAAAGGAAUUUUAAUCAUUCCCCUAACAAUAAAUAAUAUUACAAAACAGUUGGUGAAGUUUAAUAAGGAAGAAGUUUCAUUUUUUCCCCUUCAUUACGAUGUUUUAUCAUUCAUAGUACUAUCAUAUAAUAAUGUGGACUCUGUAAUUUUCGUUGAUAGAAGUAAGGGACAUUUACAUCAAAUAAAAUUAACAUCUCAUGGAAAGUUCCAUGAUGAGGUCACCACCCUUGAUCAACAUACCUUCUUUGAAGGCAGGGGACAGAGAGAUAUCGGAUUAAUAAAUUAUUGGAAACAUACAACAAUUGAAGAUGAUGCUUAUUAG